AAAAGACUUGUUUUAAGUAAAUUCUAAAAAUGUCAUCAAAAAGCAAUAUACCUAAAACAGUGAAUACCGAUCUGCAAAAGGAACGAGACGGGGCCAGUUUCGGCAGCGAAGAAUUCGCGAUCUGGUGGGCUGGCGGGGCAGAGAAACUUAAGUUCAAUAGAAGCGUCAGAGAGUAUAUGUACACGGAUUUCGACUAUGAUGACUACGCUCAAAUGUUUUACAUGUCGCAUGAGGAUAUUUGUGAAUUCGCCGUCAAAUGCAGCAUCAACGUGGCGAAAAAGCUGCGCCAGCUGCAAGCAGACCGAAAUCCCGGCGGCAACGAAUAUUGGCCCACUCUCUUUGAGGACCCGGAAAUAUGGGGCCUGCACCUGGCGGGCAAUCCUUUCCACGUGAUGUUCAUUGUCGUGCUGCGUGCCUUAAAGACUCAGUGCACACCCGAUCAGUACGAGGAGUUUGGCAAACGGGUGGAACGCUUCGAAGUAGCCGCCGCCUAUGCCCAGACGGAGCUGGGUCACAGCAGCCAUUUGCGUGGCCUGGAGACACGCGCCGACUACGAUCGAGCCACGGAUGAGUUUGUGCUGAAUACGCCCACCAUUUCAUCCUACAAGUGGUGGCCCGGCGGCUUGGGUCAUUGUUGCAACUAUGCAAUGGUCAUGGCGCAACUGUAUAUUGAUGGCGAGCUCAAGGGACUUCACCUGUUCUACGUGCAGGUGCGCGAGGAGGGCACACACGAGCCCAGGCCAGGCAUUCACGUUGGCGAGCUGGGCAAGAAGAUGGGCUUCCUGGGCGUCAACAAUGGCUUCUUGGGCAUGAAGAAUGUGCGCAUCCCACGCACGCGUAUGCUAAUGCGCCACGCCCAGGUGCAUCGCGAUGGCACCUACGUAAAGAGCCCGGUGGAUGCUCUCACCUACUUUUCAAUGCUUGCCACACGUUGCAUUGUGGCACGCAACACUACCUUGUCGCUGGCCACAGCGGCCACCAUUGCAACUCGAUUCUCGGCGGUGCGUCGACAAAGUCCCAUCGAUCCCAGAUUGCCCGAGCCCCAGAUCAUAGAUCACGUUACGCAGCAGCUGAAAGUGUUCCCGGAAAUAGCCACUAGCUUGGCCCUUCGCCUGGCCUACGACUACCUCUGGGAUCUGUUCAAUGUGACCUCCAGCGACAUAGAUCAGGGCAAAUACGAGCGUCUGCCCGAGCUGCACGCACUCUCGUGUGCCUUGAAGGUUAUGAGCUCAAACGACUCCGCCGCGGGCAUUGAGCAACUGCGUCUGGCCUGCGGUGGUCUUGGCUACCUUGCCUCAUCCAAUUUGGGCCACCUUUAUGCGAAUACAGUUGCCGCGUGCACCUAUGAGGGUGAAAAUACGGUGCUCCUGCUCCAAGUUAGUCACUUUCUGCUGAAAUCCUGGCGAGCGGCAGAAAGCGGCGCUCCUUUGGCACCCACCGUCAGCUACUUGGCUGGCAUGCAGCAGAAUCCCGAAUUCAAAGUCUGGACAGGCAGCUGGGAGAAUAUGGUGGAUGCGAUGGAGCUGGCUGCCGCCAACAAAACGCGUCUGGCCCUAAAAAGUCUAUCCAACCGCAUGGACAAGGGCGAAUCUGAGAGGGUAGCCGCCAGUCACACGGGCAUUGAGCUCACCCAGGCAGCUGAGUUUCAUGCACGCGCUUUUGUAUUCCACAAUUUCCUGACCGAGGUAACUGGUCCAAAGUCCAAGACACGCUCCUCCGCACUGAACCGCGUGCUGGAGCAACUGCUGGAGCUGUACCUGGUCAAUGUUACACUUAAGCACAUGAGCGACAUUAUCAGAGUUGCCAGCUUGACGGAUGUCCAUCUGGGCCAGCUGCAGGCACGACUGGAGGCGGCGCUGACCAAGUUGCGACCCGAUGCGGUGGCCAUUGUGGAUGGAUUCGAUUUUAGCGAUGAGCAAUUGAAUUCCACUUUGGGCUUCUUUGAUGGCAAUGUCCUUGAGCGAGUCUUCGAUGCGGCCUUGAAGUCGCCCAUGAACCGAAAAUCGGUUCCAAAAAGCUUUCACGAGCAUUUGGGUCCAUUUAUGAAAUCAAACAUCUAA